AAAAUAAGGAGCUUUUGCCAACAUCACAAUAUACAUUUGUAGCUUAUAAUUAAAAAAAGUGGCAUUGUUGUUCUUCCCAAUUUGGGUGUUAUACCAAUGGGGUCAAUGUUAGGUGAUUUACCUUCUUUUGACCCUCAUAAUUUUAGUCAGCUUCGUCCUUCUGAUCCUUCUCCUCCUUCUAGAAUGACACCUGUGACUUAUCGCCCUACUCAUGAUCGGACUCUUCCACCACCAAAUCAAGUUAUUUGUUCAGAAGCCAAAAAUAUACUUCUGCGACACCUUGAGCAGCGUGCUGAAGAGAAGUUGAGACCCAAGCGAGCUGCUGCUGAAAAUCUGGCACCCGAGCAUGGAUCCAAGCAUCUUAAGGUGUCCACCUAAGAUGCUACCCGUGGGGAAAGCGGGCCGGGGGGGGGGGGGGGUUAGGUGCAGCGAUGAGAAAACGCGAAAUGUGGCGGUUGCAAACUGGAUUGUAACAACUUGGUUUUCGAAGAUUGACUAACCUUCCAAAUGGGUUAAAAUCUUCUGGUUUUCUGCAUAGUUCUGUAAAUAUUGUUGUGAUGAUGCAGAUGCAUGUUGUUGUAAAACUCUGAAGAGCUUGUUUGGCAAUUGUCAUAUAGCAAAUGAGAUGUACACCAACGAAAAUGUUGUUGGA